UGACGUCCAUUUCGGGCUCAAGCAAUGCAUGUGGCUGUGAAAUCCAUCCGGUGAGAAGGGCGCAACAUGCGCCUGUGGCUUCUGCCGCUUGCGCUGGCCGUGCGAGUCGAGGAGGAACUGCUGGAGGACCUCAACGAGGCCUUGCAUCUGGAGGAUGCAGGGAGGGGCCAUGUGAAUCGCACGAGCUGCGAUCCCGGCACGAGUACCCUGCCGCUGCAUUGCGCGGCCAGCAGGGGCGACGUAGCUGAAACGGAGCGGCUGCUCGCGGAGGGGAAGGACAAGGACGCCCAGGAUGAUGAUAGCUCCACGCCGCUUCACUUCGCCGCGGAGUAUGGCCACGCGGCGGUGGCCGCCGCGCUGCUGGCGCACGGCGCCAACAAGGACGCCGCCAACUUCCUAGGCCAGACGCCGCUGCACGAGGCCGCCUCCGCAGGGCACCUGGCGGUAGUGGAGGCGCUGCUGACGGCGGGCGCCAACAAGGACAAGGCGGAUGAGGACGGCAACACCCCCAUGCACCUGGCGGUCUUUUCGGGGCGCAUCGAGGUGGUCCAGGCGCUCCUGGCGCACGGCGCCAACAAGGAUGCGAAGAACGGCGAUAGCAGAACGCCCUUCGACGUGGCCCGGAACAACGGCAAGUCGGAGGUCAUGAAGCUUUUACAGGCUGACGACGCCAGCUGAAACUUGCCGCGAGGGGUGUCAAGGCUAGCGAGCGCCCCUGAGACUAUAGGGGCAGUCGCCAGUCGCAGAGGGGCCAAUGCCCGGCCGGAUAAAUUGAGUCUGGAAAGCUGCCCCAAACUGGGUCUCGUGACGUUUGCA